UUUCCUUAAAUUUCCAAAGAAGAUUCCAUUGUUUGGAUAGACCAUGAUUUGUCUAUCCAUUUACCCAUAGGAGGGCAUUUUGGUUGUGCUGUUUUGAGUUUUUAUGAUUAACGCUGGCUGUGAACAUUCAUGUGCCAAUUCACAACACACAUCCCUGUUGGUGGGUGGCAUCCCUGGCCACCUUUUCAUGUCUCUUUUUCUGUCUUUUCUGGCACUUUGCAGGGACAAUUCUGCUUUCCCAGGAAUUGCAUCACUCAGUACGCCGCAAGUUCCCAGAAGAGGGAAGAUGACCACGUUCAAGGAAUCACUGGUCAUGAGAUUGAGGUUGCAUAUGUUUGAUGCUGUAGGAGGCACUGACCUUCAAGGACGUGGCUGUGAUCUUCACUGAGGAGGAGCUGGGGCUGCUGAACCCUGCCCAGAGGAAGCUGUACCAAGAUGUGAUGCUGGAGAAUUUUAGGAACCUGCUGUCAGUGGGACAGCAAGCAUUUGACAGGGAUACUUUCCAUUUCCUCAGGGAAGAAAAGGUUUGGAUGAUGAAGACAGCAACCCAAAGAGAAGGGAAUUCAGGAGGCAAGAUCCAAACUGAGAUAAAGACUGUUUCACAAGCAGGAACACAUCAAGAGUGGUCCUGCCAGCAAAUCUGGGAAAAAAUUGCAAGUGAUUUAACCAGGUCUCAAGCCUCAGUAAUAAAUAGCUCUCAGUUCUCCAAACAAAGUGAUUUACCCUGCCAGACUGAGGCAGGACUAUCUGUAAUUAACAUAAGACAGAAAUCUUCCCAGGGCAAUGGAUAUAAACAGUCCUUCAAUGAUCUCUCCAUCUUUGAUUUUCAUCAACAAUUACACUCAGGAGAGAAGUCUCAUACAUGUGAUGAGUGUGGAAAAAGCUUCUGUUACAUCUCAGCCCUUCAUAUUCAUCAGAGAGUUCACAUGGGAGAGAAAUGCUUUAAGUGUGAUGUGUGUGGUAAGGAAUUCAGUCAGAGCUCACAUCUGCAAACUCAUCAGAGAGUACACACUGGAGAGAAACCAUUCAAAUGUGUUGAAUGUGGGAAAGGCUUUAGUCGUAGAUCAGCACUUAAUGUGCAUUGCAAAUUGCACACAGGAGAGAAACCUUAUAAUUGUGAGGAAUGUGGGAAGGCCUUCAUUCAUGAUUCCCAGCUUCAAGAACAUCAGAGAAUCCAUACUGGGAAGAAGCCAUUUAAAUGUGAUAUAUGUGAUAAGAGCUUCUGUGGUAGAUCAAGACUUAAUAGGCAUUCCGUGGUUCACACAGGAGAAAAACCUUUCCAAUGCGAUAUGUGUGGUAAGAGCUUUCGUCAGAGAUCAGCUCUUAAUAGUCAUCACAUGGUCCACACAGGAGAGAAGCCAUACAAAUGUGAGGAGUGUGGAAAAGGCUUUAUUUGUAGGCGAGAUCUUUAUACGCAUCAUAUGGUCCACACAGGAGAGAAGCCAUAUAAUUGUAAAGAAUGUGGGAAGAGCUUCAGAUGGGCCUCAUGUCUUUUGAAACAUCAGCGGGUCCACAGUGGAGAAAAACCCUUCGAAUGUGAAGAAUGUGGGAAAGGAUUUUACACAAAUUCACAACGUUAUUCCCAUCAGAGAUCCCAUAGUAGAGAAAAGCCAUAUAGAUGUGAGCAGUGUGGGAAGGGCUACAAAAGGAGGUUGGAUCUUGACUUUCACCAGCGCGUCCACACAGGAGAGAAACUGUACAAUUGUAAGGAAUGUGGGAAGAGCUUUAGUCGGGCCCCUUGUCUUUUGAAACAUGAGAGACUCCACAGUGGAGAAAAACCUUUCCAGUGUGAAGAGUGUGGGAAGAGGUUUACUCAAAAUUCACAUCUUCAUUCCCAUCAGCGAGUCCACACUGGAGAAAAGCCAUACAAAUGUGAGAAGUGUGGAAAGGGCUACAAUAGUAAGUUUAAUCUUGAUAUGCACCAGAAGGUCCACACAGGAGAGAGACCAUAUAAUUGUAAAGAAUGUGGGAAGAGUUUUGGUUGGGCCUCAUGUCUUUUGAAACAUCAGAGACUGCACAGUGGAGAAAAACCAUUCAAAUGUGAGGAGUGUGGGAAAAGAUUUACUCAGAAUUCACAGCUUCAUUCUCAUCAAAGAGUGCACACCAGAGAAAAGCCAUACAAAUGUGAUGAGUGUGGGAAGGGUUUCAGCUGGUCUUCAACCCGUCUGACCCAUCAGAGACGCCACAGCAGAGAAACACCUCUCAAAUGUGAGGAGUAUGGGAAGAAUAUUGUACAGAAUUCAUUCUCUAAAGUCCAAGAAAAAGUUCACAGUGUAGAAAAGCCAUACAAAGGUGAGGACUGUGGGAAGGGCUACAACAGGAGCUCGAAUCUUGACAUGCAUCAGAGGGUCCACAUGGGAGAGAAAACAUGGAAAUGUGGGGAGUGCGAUCUGUGCUUCAGUCAGGCCUCAAGUCUUCAACUUCAUCAGAUUGUUCAGGUGAGAGAGAAAACUUAGUGAUGUGAUGGUGUGAUAAAGUCUUCACUCAGUCUUCAUGAAUGCAAUCUUAUCUGAAAGUUCACAAAGGGGAGAAACGUUAAAAUGUGAGGCAAAUAAUAAGCAGUUUCCUUUGAGUGCUUUAUCUCUGAAUACAUGCUGGAGAUAAAUUUCACCCAUUCUUGGAAGAGGGAAAACAUUUAAGAUAACAUCAUUGCUUCAGCCAUAGCUCAGCAUACCCCAGUAGUCUCAGGACCACCAUAGUGGAGAAUCUUUGUAAAUGGUGCAAUAAAGCUUCAUUCAGAAGUUUGAUAGUUACAGCUGUCAUUCAGGAGACAGGACUUAGAGUAAGAGUUCAUGAAUUUACCACUCUAAUAGUGGACAUCUCAAAAUUGAUGUCCACUAGAAUGUAAGCUACCUGUGUCUUUGCUGCUAGAUUGUCACAACUGGAACACUGAUUAGCACUUUGUAUGUGUCCAGUGCUUGUUUGUUAAAUCAAUGAAAGGAGAAAAUAUACGUAUGGAUUUGGAUGCAAUUUUAUGUAUCCAAACACGGAAGUCUGGGAAACAUAAUUCUGGGAAACAUGAGUUGAAAUGCAGAGUAAACUCAGUACUGCAAUCCAUAGCAUUAUUUUGAAUAUUAUUAUUUUUUCCUUUUAAAUUUUUUUCUUGAUCAGAGUUAUCAUAUUCAUUAAAUAUCACUUUGUUGCACUUGGCUCCUGGCUUCCCCACAUCCUGUGUUCUGAAAUUAGAUUAUUAUUUGUGGCUCUAUCAAAUGUUCAUUGCUUGUAUAUGGUAUAAAUUUAUCCUUUGUAGCUUUUCUCACAGUAUAGACUAAAAAGGUUGGGUUAAUUUUACAGUAAUAGACCACUGCAUAUUUUACAAUUAAAUGCUUUCAACAGUAUUAAGAUUUAUGGUAACACUUUAAAAGUGUCGGAUGGACAUUGACAAAUUUUCUUAGUCAAUCCUAGAUUGGUCGUAUUUGUGAUCAUGAGGCCUUGGUAUGAUUACCUUUUAAUUGCCGUACAAUUUCUUUUUUUUUUUUUAACUUCUCUGGUACAAAAUAUUCUACAUUUGAAGGUCAGCUUUUGUCCACCUUCUUAUCCAAUAUUCUUCUAUCAACCCUAUGAAACAGGAAGAGAAACUUAAUGGAGUUUGGUAGUUUCUUCAAAUAUAUUCAUUAUUGGAGGCAGGAGUAACAGUUAAAUCUUCUAUAUUGCUGGCAGUAAAAAAAUGUCUUUUGGAGAGCAGAACAUGUCAAUGUAUAAGGUGCAACUGUUUGAUAUGAAAACCAUCGGAUAGGAAAUUAUGACUAUGACAGACUCCAAAAAGUAGACCACAUUGAUGAUGUCACUGCAUUUUAAAAUGAAAAGAACAAGUGUUCAAGAACAGGAAUUUGUGUGAAUUGCAUUUAUUUUUAUAAUAACAUGAAAUCAAUGAGACGAUCACAUAGACAUAAAAGGAGAAAAACAAUGUGUUUUUUUUAGCCUUCAUAACCUAGCCAAAUAAAUAUCUUUGUGUAUUU